CGGAAGUGGCUGGGUAGCCGGUUUCCGGUGCGGGUCGGGAAAAAUGUCGGUGCUCUCCGUGUUCCCCGUUCUGGCGCGGACACUUGCUCUGUCAAGGCGCCACCUAGUGUCUCCCUUGGUCAGCGUGACAUCAUUCAGACGCUUCUACAGAGGUGACAGCCCGACAGAUUCCCAAAAAGACAUGAUUGAAAUCCCUUUGCCUCCAUGGCAGGAGCGAACUGAUGAAUCCAUAGAAACCAAGAGAGCCCGCCUGCUCUAUGAGAGCAGAAAGAGGGGAAUGUUGGAAAACUGCAUUCUGCUGAGCCUCUUCGCUAAAGAGCAUCUGCACCAUAUGACAGAGAAACAGCUGAACCUCUAUGAUCGCCUGAUUAAUGAGCCCAGUAAUGACUGGGAUAUUUACUACUGGGCUACAGAAGCAAAACCAGCACCAGAAAUAUUUGAGAAUGAAGUCAUGGCACUGCUGAGGGACUUUGCAAAAAACAAAAACAAAGAGCAGAGACUGCGUGCCCCCGAUCUCGAAUACCUCUUUGAAAAGCCACACUGAGCUGUGCGCCCCUGCCUGCCUGGCCUCAGUCUGCGGACCCUCACUGCUUACGAUGGAUAUGGCCUUGCUUUCCUGCAUGUCCUUAGACACUCAGCCCACCUGGACCGUUCGUCCUGCCUCAAAGAAUGGACCCACCUCUCUCCCAGGACGUGUAAAUGUUCAGUGUGUCUCGUUCUAAUGCUUUCUUGUGCAGUUCUCAAAAGCAGGAUGUCAGUGUUGCCAGCCUUGGCCACAGGAGGGCACUGUGGGGGAAGCUAUUGUGCUGGCUCAUUGCUUCAACCAGGAGCGUGCUCAGUGAAAAGAGGCAGCCGGCUGCGGGUGCUGUAUGGAAAGCUACCCUGAGCGGCCCAGAGCUUUGUUCAAGUGAAAUUCCCCCUUUCCAACCUGAUAUGGUUUUCUGCCAAGGGAAGCUGAUCAAAGCCCCUUGAGCUGAAUCCUUCAAAGGCGCAGCAGGCAGAAUGAGGGCGGCAAGGAGGAAUGGUGUGGGCAUGCUGCUUAGGAGUCAACAUCCCCAUCAGAUAUUCUCUGAAAUGUUCACUCUGUAAGCUGAACGGUAAUGGAAUAUUAAAGAAUAUCUAAAAAAGGAAAGUCACAA